CUGGGUGCCAGUCUUCAAAGGAGCAAAAGCCAGUCCUUUGUGAUUGUCCCCUCCCUGAACGUGCUGACGCUCGUUUUUACGCUCUAUGUAACCACGGUGAGGUCGCUAAAAAAGUUCCACACUGCUAAGCGGUAUGGACCCAGUGUUCAGUUUUCGACAGACAACAUUUCGAUGCAUUUAACACUUUCUUUUUUUUGCAAAUAACAUAAUAAUUUGUCUUCGUUUUAAUGUAGUAAUUUGUCAAUGAUUUUUUUUGCUCGUGUAUCUCAUUAGCAUAUAGCCAGCGUGUUUCACGUGGGCAACAAUUGAGGAACUGAAGCAUCGAUCAGACCUAAAAGCUGAUUAUUGCUUCCCAUAAUCGAAUCGAAAAUUGUGUUGAUUCUGUACAAUUACAGUAUUGACAAUUUGUAUUUUAAAGAAUGGCAACCCUGAUUUUAGAAGAUGGGACCACCUUCAAGGGCCGCCUUUUCGGGGCAAACGCGUCGGUAUCUGGUGAAGUUGUGUUCCAGACAGGCAUGGUGGGCUACCCAGAGGCCCUGACUGACCCGUCCUACAGGUGUCAGAUUCUCACCCUCACCUACCCUCUGCAGGGCAACUAUGGCAUACCCAAGGAUGAGAAGGGUGACUUUGGACUCAGCAAGUGGUUUGAGUCUUCUAAGAUCCACGCUGCAGCCCUCAUCGUAGGAGAGAUCUCCCAGAACCCCAGCCACUGGAGCUCAUCCAUGUCUCUGGACCAGUGGCUCAAAGAGCAGGGCAUCCCUGGCCUAGAGGGAGUUGAUACCCGUAGUCUGACCAAGAAGAUCCGUGAGAAGGGAACCAUGCUGGGGAAGCUGGUUGUGGACGGAACGCCGGAGGCCAACGUUCCAUUUGACAACCCUGACCAGAGGAACCUGGUCAAGGAGGUGUCCAUGAAGGAGCCCCUGGUGUUCAACCCCAGUGGUACUAUCAGGAUCACAGCAGUAGACUGUGGCAUUAAGUACAACCAGAUCCGAUGCUUGUGUCAGAGAGGGGCCUGUGUCACCGUGGUGCCCUGGGAUUACCCACUAGACAGCACAGAUUUUGAUGGGCUGUUUAUAAGCAACGGCCCUGGGGACCCCCAGUUCUGUAAGGAGACCAUAAACAACGUGAGGAAGGUGGUGUGUGUGGACAACCCCAAGCCUGUGUUUGGUAUCUGCCUGGGCCACCAGCUUCUCUCCCUCGUCAUCGGCGCAAAAACCUACAAAAUGAAGUAUGGGAAUCGUGGCCAUAACCAGCCCUGCAUCCACAAGGGCACAGAUCGCUGUUUCAUCACCUCUCAGAACCAUGGCUUUGCUGUGGACCCUCUCACCCUGCCUCAGGGCUGGGAUGUACUCUUCACCAAUGCCAAUGACCAGACCAGUGAGGGCAUUGUGCACAACACCAAACACCUAUUCAGUGUCCAGUUCCACCCAGAGCACAUGGCAGGCCCCACUGACCUGGUCAGUCUGUUUGAUGUGUUUCUGGACACAGUCAGAGACUACAAGGAGGGCAAGAGUGGCAAACCAGUGAAGCAGAGACUGACGGAGCACCUGACCUACCCUGGUUCUCCCAAGCCGGAGGAGUUUGUUCGGCCACGCAAGGUCCUGAUCCUGGGCUCUGGAGGCCUCUCCAUCGGACAGGCUGGGGAGUUUGACUACUCUGGCUCUCAGGCCAUAAAAGCAUUGAAGGAGGAGAACAUUCAGACUGUGCUCAUUAACCCCAACAUUGCCACGGUUCAGACCUCCAAGGGACUGGCUGACAAGGUCUACUUCCUGCCUCUCACCCCAGAGUACGUCACUGAGGUGAUAAAGAAUGAGCGUCCAGAUGGGGUCCUUCUGACCUUCGGGGGGCAGACUGCUCUGAAUUGCGGGGUGGAGCUGACCAAGAGGGGGGUCCUGGAGAAGUAUGCGGUGCGUGUGCUGGGGACGCCAGUGGCCUCCAUCGAGAUGACUGAGGACAGAAAGAUCUUUGUGGAGAAGAUGGAGGAGAUCAAUGAACAUGUGGCGCCCAGCGAGGCUGCUCUGUCUGUGGAGCAGGCGGUGGCGGCUGCAGAGCGUCUUGGCUACCCUGUCCUGGUGCGCUCUGCCUUUGCCUUGGGCGGACUGGGCUCUGGCUUUGCCAAUAACAGUGAGGAGUUGACCUCUCUGGUGAUCUCUGCCUUCGCCCACACCUCCCAGGUCCUAGUGGACAAGUCCCUGAAGGGCUGGAAGGAAAUUGAGUAUGAAGUGGUCAGAGACGCCUACGACAACUGUAUCACCGUAUGUAACAUGGAGAACAUUGACCCUCUGGGUAUCCACACUGGGGAGUCCAUCGUGGUGGCGCCCAGUCAGACUCUCAACGACUAUGAGUACAACAUGUUGAGGGACACCGCCAUCAAGGUCAUCAGACACCUGGGCAUCGUGGGAGAGUGUAACAUCCAGUACGCCCUCAACCCUGAGUCUGAACAGUACUACAUCAUUGAAGUGAAUGCCCGUCUGUCUCGGAGCUCAGCUCUGGCCAGUAAAGCUACAGGAUAUCCCCUGGCCUACGUGGCUGCCAAGUUGGGUCUGGGCAUCCCUCUACCUGUCCUCAAGAACUCUGUGACCAACCAGACCACGGCUAACUUUGAGCCCAGUCUGGACUACUGUGUGGUGAAGGUCCCUCGCUGGGAUCUCAGCAAGUUCCUCCGUGUCAGCACCAAGAUAGGCAGCUCCAUGAAGAGCGUGGGUGAGGUGAUGGCCAUUGGCCGCAGCUUUGAGGAGGCCUUCCAGAAGGCUCUGCGGAUGGUGGAUGAGAAUUGUGUGGGAUUUGACCACACCAUCAAACCAGUGUCUGACGAGGAGCUGCAGACCCCGACAGACAAGCGUAUCUUUGUGCUGGCAGCUGCUCUGAGGGCAGGCUACACAGUGGACCGCCUGUACGACCUGACCAAGAUCGACCGCUGGUUCCUCCACAAGAUGAAGAACAUCGCGGACCAUGAGAAGGUGCUGGAGUCGUACAACCAGGACGAGAGCGCCAUGCCUCUGGGGGUGAUGAGGAAAGCCAAGCAGCUGGGCUUCUCAGACAAACAGAUCGCCCUGGCUGUGCAGAGCACGGAGCUGGCGGUGAGGAAGCUGCGACGUGAUUGGAGCAUCUUGCCGGUGGUGAAGCAGAUCGACACUGUGGCAGCAGAGUGGCCAGCCCACACCAACUACCUGUACCUGACCUAUAACGGUACAGAGAGUGACCUGGGCUUCAGCGAACCCCACGUAAUGGUGAUCGGCUCCGGAGUGUACCGCAUUGGCAGCAGUGUGGAGUUUGACUGGUGUGCUGUGGGCUGCAUCAUGGAACUCAGGAAGAUGGGCUAUAAAACCAUCAUGGUGAACUAUAACCCAGAGACUGUCAGCACAGACUACGACAUGUGCGACCGCCUCUACUUCGAUGAGAUCUCCUUUGAGGUUGUGAUGGACAUCUAUGAGAUGGAGAACCCAGAGGGAGUGAUCCUGUCCAUGGGGGGCCAGCUGCCCAACAACAUCGCCAUGUCCCUCCACAGGCAGCAGUGUCGCAUCCUGGGCACCUCCCCGGAGUUCAUCGACUCUGCUGAGAACAGGUUCAAGUUCUCCCGCAUGCUGGACACCAUCGGCAUCAGCCAGCCCCUGUGGAAGGAACUCACAGAGAUUGAGUCGGCUAUGAAGUUCUGUGAGACCGUGGGCUACCCGUGUCUGGUGCGUCCCUCCUACGUGCUGAGUGGAGCGGCCAUGAAUGUGGCGUACACAGACAGCGACCUGGAGAAGUACCUGAGCAGCGCUGUAGCCGUGUCCAAGGAAUACCCCGUGGUCAUCUCUAAGUUCAUCCAGGAGGCCAAGGAGAUAGACGUGGAUGCGGUGGCGUGUGACGGUGUGGUGAUGGCCAUCGCCGUGUCAGAGCACGUGGAGAACGCCGGGGUGCACUCUGGGGACGCCACCCUGGUCACGCCCGCCCAGGACAUCAACCAGAAGACCAUGGAGCGCAUCAAGAUGAUCGUCCACGCCAUCGGUCAGGAGCUGCAGGUCACCGGGCCCUUCAACCUGCAACUCAUCGCUAAGGAUGACCAGUUGAAGGUGAUCGAGUGCAACGUCCGAGUCUCGCGCUCUUUCCCGUUCGUCUCGAAGACGCUGGGAGUGGAUCUGGUCUCCCUGGCAACACGUGUCAUCAUGGGAGAGGAGGUGGAGCCUGUGGGCCUGAUGAAAGGAGUGGGCAUCGUGGGCGUCAAGGUCCCCCAGUUCUCGUUCUCUCGUCUGGCCGGGGCUGAUGUGGUUCUGGGGGUAGAGAUGACCAGCACUGGGGAGGUGGCCUGCUUUGGAGAGAACAGAUACGAGGCCUAUCUGAAGGCCAUGCUCAGCACAGGCUUCAAGAUCCCCAAGAAGAACAUUCUGCUUUCCAUCGGCAGUUAUAAGAACAAGAGUGAGCUGCUGCCUACUGUUCAGGCUCUGGAGAGUCUGGGCUAUGACCUGUAUGCCAGCCUAGGGACCGCUGACUUCUACACUGAGCAUGGAGUCAAGGUGAUAGCAGUGGACUGGCCGUUUGAGGAGGAGGAGAGCGACUGCCCCAACAAGGACAAGCAGAGGAACAUCUUGGAAUACCUGGAGGACCACCACUUUGACAUGGUCAUCAACCUCUCCAUGAGGAACUCUGGAGGCCGACGCCUCUCCUCCUUCGUCACCAAGGGUUACCGCACCCGCCGCAUGGCCAUCGACUACUCAGUCCCCCUCAUCAUUGACAUCAAGUGCACCAAGCUCUUUUUCCAGGCGUUGCGUCUGGUUGGAGGCUUUCCGCCCGUCAAGACUCACGUGGACUGUAUGACGUCACAGAAGUUGAUUCGCCUGCCUGGUCUGAUAGAUGUGCACGUCCACCUUCGGGAGCCGGGUGCCACUCACAAGGAAGACUUCUCCUCAGGCACAGCGGCUGCCCUGGCAGGGGGCAUCACCAUGGUGUGUGCCAUGCCCAACACGGCACCCGCCAUCAUCGACCCCAGCUCCCUCACCAUGGUCCAGAAGCUUGCCAAGGCAGGGUGUCGCUGUGACUAUGCCCUCUACGUCGGGGCGGCUUCAGACAACGCUGCCAUCUUGUCCUCCAUUGCCAACUCCGUCGCUGGGCUGAAGAUGUAUCUGAACGACACCUACUCCACUCUGAAGAUGGACAACGUCUCACUUUGGAUGGAGCACUUUGAGAAGUGGCCCAAGCACCUACCAAUCGUGGCUCACGCAGAGAAGCAGACAGUGGCAGCCAUCUUGAUGGUGGCCCAGCUGUACCAGAGAGCUGUUCAUAUCUGCCACGUGGCCAAGAAGGAGGAGAUCCUGAUCAUCCGCGCAGCCAAGCAGAAAGGCAUCCAGGUGACGUGUGAAGUGGCGCCCCACCACCUCUUCCUGUGUGAGGAGGACGUGGCGCACAUCGGUGACGCCCGGGCACAGGUACGCCCCAUGCUGGGAACCCGGGAGGACAUGGAGGCCCUCUGGGAACAUUUGGACAUCAUUGACUGCUUCGCAACCGACCACGCCCCCCAUUCAGUGGAGGAGAAGAACUCAGAGAAGCCCCCCCCAGGCUACCCCGGCCUGGAGACCAUGCUGCCCCUCCUCCUCACCGCCGUCAGCGACGGGCGCCUCACCAUCGACGAUAUUAUCAAGCGCCUGUACGACAACCCCCGCAAGAUCUUCUCCCUGCCCACACAGGACAACACCUAUGUAGAGGUAGACCUGGAGCAGGAGUGGGUCAUCCCCAAACACAUGCAGUUCACAAAGUCCAAGUGGACGCCCUUCGAAGGCAUGAAGGUGAAGGGCAAGGUCCGCAGAGUGGUGCUCAGAGGAGAGUUGGCCUACAUCGACGGACAGGUGCUAGUCCCUCCUGGCUAUGGGGAGGAUGUGAAGACUUGGCCUGCACCCAUCCCCAUCCAGCCCCCUGAACCUGUGAAAGAAGUCCCACAGACCCCAGAGCACCCCCGGCUGAUCCCGCCGUGUGAGGGCAUCCGUACCCGCGCCCCGAGCCCUCGCCGCUCUGCUGGGGAUGGCCGCUACAUGCUCCCGCCCCGUGUCCACAGGUCCUCCGACCCAGGCGUGCCUCCAGGUUUUAGGACAAUACACACAAAAUGGCGCUUGGAUUUCGUUGCUGAAGAUUCAAGGGGAAGAGCAUUUGAAGAAGGUUUAAGAGAAGAGAUGGCCCAUUCAGCUGGGGACGGCUACAGCCAUCCCCCUCCACUGGCCAGGAUCCUGUCCCCCUGGGCUGAGGCAGGGUUGGGGGUAGUGGCAGGUCAGCCCCAGACCCUGACCCACCUCCAGACCUCCCCCCUACUGCACCCCCUAGUGGGACAACACGUCCUCUCUGUCAGGCAGUUCAGCAAGGAACAGAUCUCUCACUUGUUUAACGUGGCCCAUACUCUUCGCCUGAUGGUUCAGAAAGAGAGAAGCCUAGACAUCCUGAAGGGUAAGGUGAUGGCGUCCAUGUUCUACGAGGUCAGCACGCGCACCAGCAGCUCGUUUGCGGCGGCCAUGCAGCGUCUGGGCGGCUCUGUGGUCCAUUUCUGCGAGGCCACCUCCUCGUCGCAGAAGGGCGAGUCUCUGGCCGACUCGGUCCAGACCAUGAGCUGCUAUGCUGACGUCCUGGUGCUGCGACACCCCAUGCCAGGGGCCGUAGAGUCUGCAGCGAGGCAUUGCCGGAAGCCAGUGAUCAACGCUGGGGAUGGGGUCGGGGAGCACCCCACUCAGGCCCUGCUGGAUGUGUUCACCAUCAGAGAGGAGCUGGGCACGGUCAACGGCAUGACGAUCACUAUGGUAGGGGACCUGAAGCACGGCCGCACAGUGCAUUCCCUGGCCAGGCUGCUCACCCAGUACAGAAUCACACUGCGCUACGUCGCCCCAAAGAACCUGCACAUGCCCUCCGAGAUCAUCGACUUUGUGGCCUCCAAAGGCAUCAAGCAGGAAGAGUUUGAGAGCAUCGAGGAGGCACUGCCUGACACUGACGUGCUCUACAUUACCAGGAUCCAGAAGGAGAGGUUCGCCUCAGAGGAAGAGUACAAAGCGUGCUUCGGUCAGUUUAUCCUCACCCCACACAUCAUGACUGGAGCCAAGAGGAAGAUGGUGGUGAUGCAUCCUCUACCGAGAGUCAAUGAGAUCAGUGCGGAGGUGGACACUGAUCCUCGUGCUGCCUACUUCCGACAGGCUGAGAACGGCAUGUACAUCCGCAUGGCCCUCCUGGCCACAGUGAUGGGUAGAUGAGGUGUAUAUAGUGGACACGCCACUGUUUGGACCGCAAAACCAACAGGGACCAAUUUGCGGAAUCGAUAAGAGUGAGGUGGAGCCACUAGUGCUCACAAUAAUCAAACUGCUCCAACAGACUCUACACAGUCACGUUUGGUGUGUACUCCUCUUGAACCCUGGUAUUUCUCCACCUCUCCCAGAAUGAAUUCGUAUUAUCAGUUAACAACAAUUACUGUUUUGACUGUUACAUGUAUUGUUUCAUCACUCUGAAUACAAUUUUUGGGAAAGAUGUUUCAUAGAACCGAUAUCGAUAUGUAGUUCAUAGAAUACUUUAUUUCUGUAUCUCUGUUGACUGGAGUCAUCUGUGGUGUUUAUUGUAUGGGGAAAGGAAUACAUGCUGCUCAUCAGAAGGUGGAACCAUUGCAGAACAUCAUUUUUAUGCAAGGGAAUUGUUAAGCUGAUUGUUUGACUAUUUAGGUGCUUUAUAAAUAAUAUAAAAUGUCAA